GUGGAGACAAGACUGUUAGAUUUUGGGAUUUGCUCACAAGAACGACAGUUUAAAAUUGUGCAGCAGCACAGCCACUGGGUAGUUGGUGUUGAUUUCAACGAAGAUUACGUUGUCUCUGGUGGAAUGGAUGGUCUGGUCAAUAUCUAUGACCAUCAGGGCAAUCAUAUUAGAACGCUUUCAAGGCACAAGGAUGGAAUAUCUGCCUUGAAAGUUCACAAAGAUAGAAUUGUCAGCUGCUCCAGAGAUUCGACAUGCGUUGUUUGGGACUUCAAGGGCUCUAUUCUUGGCACAUGGAACCACUCGAAGGCCAUUAGGUCUCUCUGCAUGCAUGACAACCUGGUUAUCACGGGCGGGUCGGACAACAGAAUUGUUGUUUACCAGAACAUGAAAUAUAUUUGUGAUCUCGUUGGACAUUCGUCACAGGUAAACUGCAUUGAUGCGUAUGGGAAGUUUAUUAUUUCCGGGGACGAUAACGGUCAAAUUAUACUUUGGAAAGAUUUUCAACUAUUCAAAAGGAUGCAGCACAAGAGAGAAGUACUGAGUUUAUGUUUCAGCCCCAACGGAUUGACGUUUGCCUCAGCCUCCUUUGACAAAACAGUCAAGCUAUGGAGUGUUGAAACAGGUGAAAAUCUUUGCGGAUAUUUCCAUGUUAAUUUCGUGUAUAAAGUCAAAGUGUACAACGAUUUAAUCAUUUCUUGUUCAAAAGACAAGACGAUAAAAAUGUUUAAGAUUAGUAAGAAAAAGAUAAUGAGCGAUCUUGUCUGUGAAGAUGAAGUUUAUGAUUUUGAUUACAACGAUGGAAAACUAGUAUGUGGGACUAGAAGUAACAAAGUAUAUUUCUUUAAUUAA